UACUAUAUUUACUAAUAAACAUCUUGCAGUUGUAACAAAGCACUUAUCUGAAAAUAAACCUAUUUUAUGUUAUCUUGGAAUGAUUGAAUUAGAGGAUUGUAGUGCUAAAACAAUGACUAUAAAUUUAAAAAGAUUUAUAUUAGCUAAAUUACUUAAUAUUGAAAAUUUGGUUCAUUUUGGAAGUAAUGAUGCAAGUAUUAUGCUCGGUUAUCAAAAUAGAGCUGCAUGGCUUAAAAAGUAUAAUCUUUUUAUUACUAAGAAUUACUGUAUAGCACAUUAUUUACAUCUUGCAGGUCAAGAUGCUGCUAAAAAAGUAUCAUAUUUUGAAAAAUAUAAAAAGUUAGUAAAAAGAAUUUAUACAUAUUUUAGUAGUUCUUAUAAAAGAUUAUUAACACUAAAAAUAGUACAAAAUACUUUAAAAGAACCUGAAAUAAUGAUAUUAAAUAUUUCAAUUGAAGGAGCAUUAUUAGAUGAAGCAGCAAAUAAUAUGCAGGCAGCUAUUUUAUUAGCAGAUAUUGAUCAAACUUUUGAAAUUGUAACUAUUCAAUUUUCUAUCUUUAUUUCUGAAUUUGCAUCUGCUACAAUAACAAGUCUAAAUAAUUAUUUUCCAAAUCGAAAACUUUAUGAAGCUAUAAAAAUAUAUAAUCCAAAACAGUUACUAAUAUCUGAUAAUGAUUUAGCAAACUAUGGUAAUGAAGCGAUUAAUAUUCUUAGUAAUUUUUAUAGAACAGAAAAAAUUAUUAAUAAUCAACAAUUUAUACCAUUAUUAGAAAAAAAAGAUUUAAUUAAUGAGUAG